AUGUCGGAGAGGAAAGCAGAGGGCUUCACCAUGAAGCCCAAGGGGAUUCACGCCGCGUUGUCCUGUGUAUCUGACCAGAUGGUGGGAGUGGGACGUCCAAAAGCACGGGUUUUUCAAGAGAAGGCGGUCAAACCAAACUUCCGUGAGAGCUGCGUCUCUGGAGACAUUCCCAUCGCUCUGACACACGUCACCAAAGGGAAUGGCGUCAGGUGGAAGGUGGACUUUGAGAGGAUCGAUUACCACCAUUUCCUGCCGCUGUUCUUCCAAGGUUUGGCUGAGACUACUCAUCCAUACGAGAAAUUGGCAAACCAGGGAAUCCACGGCAUGUUGGACCAUUGUGGCCAAGAAAUCAUCAGUAUUGUUCCACAGCUCAUCCCUCACAUCAAGAAUGCUCUGAACACGAGGAACGAUCGGGUGAUGUGCAACACCUUGCAGGUCCUGCAGCAUAUGGUGAUGUCUGCACACAGGGUUGGGGAAGCUCUGGUCCCUUACUUCAGGCAGAUCCUCCGUUGGUUCAACCUCUUCGGGCCCAAAAAAGACAACGUUGCUGAUCUGCUGAAGAGGACUCUGGAGAUAUUUGAGCGCUAUGGAGGGAAGGACGCCUUCCAUCACAUCAAAAGCGUGAUACCCACCUACGAGUCCUGCAUGAAGUAG